AUGGAUUUUUUGAGCAUGUUCACACUGCCCGAUCGCGUUGGUUUGAAGUGGGUCAACGUCCUCACUGUUGCGCUCGCUGGGUUGCUAUUCUUUUUACCGCAACAUGAAUCGGCGAACAUUCUGCUUGUGUCUGCCUUUCCCGGCAUGAGCCACUGGUUGAUGUUCGAGCACAUUAUCCAAGCCCUGUUGGAGCGGGGCCAUGAAGUGACUGCCAUCACCAGCUUCAAACUACGGGCGCUGGAUGCAAACGAUACGGUCCGCUAUCGGGAGAUACUGAUCGAUCCGGCGUACGACUUCGAAGCCGGUGGCCUCCCGAUGGAGGAGUUCUACAAGUCACAAUCAUUCAGCGACCCAUUCUUCAAGAUGUCCAUUCUCUGGAAGCUGGGUCUUGAAACGGCGGAGCAUGCGUUCGAAAGUGCGAACGUUCAGAGAUUCCUGCGCACCGAGGGCUUAACGUUCGAUCUGCUCAUCGCCGAGCAGUUUGUGCAGGAGAGUUUUCUCAUGUUGGGACAUAAGUACCAGAUACCUAUCGUGACUAUAAAUACCCUCGGCCAUGCGGACUACAUCGAUCGUGCGUUCGGGUUGAUAACGCCCUGGAGCUUCGUGCCUCACUUUAUGCUGCAGUACGACGACAGCAUGACCCUUUCGGAGCGUGGCUAUAACGUCAUCCUAUCGGUGUGGGAUGCUUUCAACCGGAAGUUCCACUAUCUCCCGGCUCAAACCCGGCUAGCUCAGAAAUACUUUGGGCAGCUGCGUUCUGGUAGUGGUGAUACUCUUCCGUCCCUCGAGGAUCUGGAAAGGAAUGUGAGUGUCGUGCUGGUCAACAAUCACAUUAUCUCCUCCCGCCCGAGACCUCGAACGAACGGUAUGAUAGACAUAGCGGGGAUUCAUAUUCGUCCACCAAAGGAACUUCCUCCGGUAGUAAAGAACUUUCUGGACUCGGCCACUGAGGGCGUUAUCUACAUCAACUUCGGUACGUUCAUGCGCAGCUCCGGUAUGCCACGGGAAACGCUGGCCGUUUUUCUGUCGGUAUUCCGUAACCUUCCCCGCUACAAGUUCCUGUGGAAAUGGGAAGCUGAGUCGAUCGAAAAUCUCCCACCGAAUGUGCUGCUUCAAAAGUGGCUUCCACAGAACGACGUGCUGGCACAUCCAAACAUUCGGCUGUUCGUCUCGCACGGUGGCAUCUUCGGCACGCAGGAGUCCAUCUACUGGGCACGACCGAUGUUGUUUGUGCCGUUCUACGGUGAUCAGCACAGUAACGCACGCAAGUUCCAGAAGGCAGGCAUCGGACUAACGCUCCAGAUUCUCAACGUCACCGUGGAAGACUUCAGCUCGAAGAUCGAGCAGAUCGUGCAGGAUCCCCGGUACCAGAAUGCCGUCAACCGGCUUUCGAGUAUCUUUCGCGACAACCCAACGGAUCCACUCGAGGAGGCAACAUUUUGGAUCGAGUACGUCCUGCGGUACCAUGGUGCGGCUCAUCUGAAGUCGGCCGCCGUGCAUCUGCCCUGGUACCGGUAUCUUCUGCUCGACAUGUUGGCACUGACCUUACUUCUGGCGGCAACGGUCGUUUGGCUUCUGCAGCGAACCAUCUGCUGGGUUUUCAAGAGGCUAACGGAGACACCCGGUGAAGUUAACAAAGUCAAAGUCAUGUAG